AACAUCAGCACAUUCGCUACAACCCUCUCCGCGAUGAGUGGGUGCUGGUGUCCGCGCACAGGAUGAAGCGCCCAUGGAAAGGGCAGGUUGAGAAGCCGGCUGAGGAGUACAUCCCUCGUCACGAUCCGUUGAACCCCCUCUGCCCCGGGGUAACCAGGGCGAAUGGCAAGGUGAACCCAGAUUAUGACAGUACCUACAUCUUCAGUAAUGAUUUCCCAAGUCUGCAGCCUGAUGCCCCAGAACCAGGUCCCAGCGAACAUCCACUGCUGCAAGCAAGAGUUGCCAGAGGAGUUUGUAAAGUCAUGUGUUUCCAUCCUUGGUCUGAUGUCACUCUGCCGUUGAUGUCCGUCGCAGAGAUCAGGACUGUGAUUGACAAGUGGGCAGAGCUAAUGAUGGAGCUUGGAUCAACGUACCGAUGGGUGCAGAUUUUUGAGAACAAAGGAGCUAUGAUGGGCUGCUCAAAUCCACACCCUCACUGUCAGGUGUGGGCGAGCUCCUUUCUUCCCAACGAGCCCAGGAUGGCUGACCGCACUCAGAGGGAGUAUUUUGGGAACCAGGGGAUGCCCCUGCUGCUGGACUACGCCAAUUUGGAGGCUCAGAAGAAGGAGCGGAUUGUAGUUGAGAAUGAAGACUGGUUGGUAGUGGUUCCAUAUUGGGCGAUAUGGCCUUUCCAGACUUUGCUUCUUCCGAGAAGGCACGUCCUUCGUCUGCAAGAUUUGACCGAGAAAGAAAGGAACAGCCUGGCUUCUAUAAUGAAAAGGCUCUUGACAAAAUACGACAAUCUAUUUGAAGUCUCUUUCCCCUACUCAAUGGGGUGGCACGGAGCCCCCACAGGGGAGUCAUUGAACCAGGACAAUAGACAUUGGCAGCUUCAUGCCCACUACUACCCGCCUCUGUUACGGUCUGCCACCAUCAGAAAGUUCAUGGUGGGGUAUGAACUGCUGGCUCAGGCCCAGAGAGAUCUCACACCUGAACAGGCUGCUGAACGCUUAAGGAAUCUACCAGGAGAUCAUUACAAACUGAGAGAGAAACCGACAGAGAAAUAAAAGAAGCCCCUUUCCCUGAAAAAAUAACAUAUUACUGCUUAUAUUGAUCAUUUUUCUUUCGAUUGAAUGACCUACAAUAAAAUAACAUUAACGUC